CCUUUAAAGAACCUGCUUUAGCAAUAAGACUUAAAUACGACUUCUUAAUUUAAAAGUAGCUUAUCGGGUCUAACGGAAAUCCAUUAUGAAAAUAAAAUGAACAACGUGAACACACCUGUGUUUUACAAUGAGGGCAUCGCCAGGCUUUAGUUGUAGGGACUGGAUAAGGAAAAACAAACGUUUGUUCCUCUUUGUGGCUGUGAUAUCAGUAGUAGUGUAUAUUAUUUACUACCUCAAUCUUAAAGACCGCAUCGAUGAAAAUUUACUCUCCCCGCAUCCCAUUAAAGAACAGGACAACCCUGACGUCAAAUAUUCCCAGGCGGGACAGGACGAGAUGGUGUAUAAUAUACUUCCUAAAGAAAACGGAUUUUACAUAGAGAUGGGAGCGUUCGAUGGCAAGCACUUGUCGAACACUCUAUGGUUAGAGCGCCAACACCACUGGCUUGGUUUGCUGAUAGAGGCGAACCCAGACCUUUGUCGUCAAAUUGACAGCCAUAUGCGACAUGCAUGGAGACUGUGUGGUUGUAUCUCAAAUAAUCAGAAAAAUGUAGACUUUGUAAAAGACGAUGUAUUUGGAGCAUUGAAAGAUCUAGAGAAGCAUGAAAACCUGCUAAGUAACCCUGAAGUUAUCAAAGUGCAGUGUUACCGAUUGAGAGCUGUGUUGGACAAAAUUGGAAUACAUCACAUAGAUUACUUCUCACUUGAUGUAGAGGGAGCCGAGCUCUUAGUAUUAGAGUCCAUUAAAGAUGAUUUAAUUUCAGGGAAAGUCAGAGUGGAUGUGUGGACAAUAGAGUACUUAAUCAAAAGCAGGAAUUAUGUGGAUUCCAUCAAAACAGCCGAGAAGCUCAAACAUUUAAAACAGUUUUUUGAGGAUGUGGGAGGUUUUUUCCUACACUCUACAAUAAAACAUCCUGUAGCAGGAGAAAUGGAUGCUGUGUUUGUAAACAUUAAAACAUGGUGUAAACUUUACAGUAAACUUCCAAAUGGACAAAGUUGUAAAAGGAACCAAUGAAUAUGCAGCAAUAGAACUAACCCACUUAAUGGUUGGGUUU